CAGUCCCGGUGCCCCCUACCCGACGACGACCCGACUAUAUCGUCACCGUAUCAUCGUACAACGUUGUUAUUAUUAUUAUCAUUAUUAUUAUUAUUAUUAUUAUUAAUAAAUUAAAGCUAAUCGACGAUUGUAGAACAAUACGAUCGCCCUACCGUUCCGUUUGUUAACCGCGAACGCCGCAUUGGCUGUUUCGCCGCGGACGCCGACCGUACGCCUACGUCGUCCCGUGCACAUUUCGCAACGUUCGAGCGUUCCCGACGUUCCCGCGCGCGCGGCAUCGCCCACUUACGCGGACGCCGCCACGGAACGACAAUCGUCUCUGUCGCGACGGCGUGACGCACAGUCGAUCGUUACGCUUUGCCCCGUGACCGUCGCGUCUCAUCUGGCGUUACGUUCUCGCGUGGAAAAGACGUCGACACCCCGGCCGCCUUGUUGCUCGGCCGUCCCGUCCCGUCGUCUCGCCGUCUCGUCGCAUGCGGUUUCCGCGCCCGUCGGUCCCUCGUCUGUUGCCACCGAUCCGUAGCCGUCUCCGCGUUUGGCCGAGUACGCGGCCCCCCCGCGUAACAUGUCUGUGGCCGUUUUGACUGCCAUCGCGGUCUUUCUGAUAAUCGUGUUUCGCAUGCUCAACGUUUCCAGCCAACCGCAAAAGCCGCUGUUCUUUUGCAAAGACAAACAGUUCCUCAACAGGAUCCUCAAGUACGCGCCCCAACUCGAAGACCCGUAAGUAUUAUGCGCGACACGUCAUGUUAGUUCACCGUAUUUACCGUCCACCUGUCCGUUUCAAGUCGGCGGAUGGCGUCGGCCUCACUGAGAAACGUGUGGGUUGUUGUACGGUUUUUUUUUUUAUUUGUUUUUAAAUCUACCGCUCGACGCACCACAAUAAUAUUAUUGUUCACCGCAUUAAUGGCAAUAUUGUGAUUUGUUUUCUCAAUACAAGUGUCAUAAAAAAAAAGUUUUUUUUUUUUUUUGUUUGUUUCCGAUGAUCACUCUACACACAGUGUUCUUUCGGUUCUAGUCUCGUUAUCAACAAAUUGUCCAAUUUCAAUUCGUGUUUGCUUGGUCGAUUAAUUUUAAUAUACUCGUGAUUACAUAAUUCAGAGCAGAUAACCUAUAGAACUUAAAGAAUUGUCGUAUCAUAUUAUAAUAUUAGUGAGGUAGCUGGUGUUGUGAAUCAAUAUUUUAUUACUAAACUACUUGAUAAUAUUUAUUUAUGUCACGAGACGCAUUCUAGAUACCUAUAAUUUUUAAAGGCCAACAUUGACACAGGUCCUACCCACUUAUUAAAAUAAUAACUACCUAGUUUCAUAGGUACAUGUUAUGUAGGUAUUUGAUCUGAUGUUUUAUAAUUUAAAUGUAAAUUACAUAUUGUUUUGAUACUAAUAGGUAAUUAUUAAAAAUCAAUUUGUAUGAAAAAAUGUAUUUAGGUAGGUACUUCUGAUUUGCUUACUUAGAUGAGUAUUUCUUAUAUUUAAUAUUGUAAAUAUUUCAUUUUUUUUUUUUUUUUAUUGCCGUAACGUUAUUAAAUAAUUAAUUUAAACAAUUUAAAAUAUAUAUAAAUAAUUAUAUACAAAUAUUAUUAAAGUAGAGGAAAUAAUCAGUGAAUGCCACUAGUACAUUAUAUAGGUAUAUAUUUGUGACGACUAAACCUUAUUAGAGAGCCUAUUAUAAGCUCUCUAGACCUAACCAUUUAAUAGGAUGUGGUACUCGCAUUUGUGCUUUUUCUGUCUUACAAACAUAAAACUUAGAAUGAUCGGAGAGUUGAGAUAGUAGUUAGAUGAGGAGAAUGGGAUAUGGAACGGAGCAGAUGACUGUGUACAGCAAGAUGGUAUCCUAAAAAAGAUAUGAGAUAGAGAAUUAGGGCUGUCAAUUUUGGAGUAAAGUAGAUUAGAUAAUAAUAAGUUAGCUGAGUGACAAUGAUUAGUAAGAUUUUCUAGGAAUAGAAGGUUUAAGACAAAUGUGUAAUCAAUUACUAGUCAUGAGGUGGUCAAAGUAUGUUAAUUUCCAGGCAGCGUGACAGAGAAAUUAUAAUUUAUAACUAUACAAUUGUAUUACUAGUUGAAUCGGUGGAUGUACUCUUAAGAACAGUGUCGUAUUCUAGAAUGGGACAAACUAAAUGGGAACAAAAAAAAUCAGUUCACACUCUGUUAGUAAAACCAAGCAGUUUAAGGUUCUUACAGCAAGUUAACUGAAUUUACUGAAUAUACAUAUUAGGACAUAAAUUCUAAGGAAGUGUAAAUCCCAAGUCUUUUACAGAGUUAGCAAACAUUUUCAGGGGUGUAUUGUUGAUUGAGUAGGUGAACAUGAUUGAAAUAUUGGUAUGACAAAAAGUCAUUACAGUACAUUUAAGGAUAUUGAAAACGAAUCCCAAAGAUUCUCCCCACAACACUAAACAUUGGAGGUUGUUGGAAAAGAUAACAGUCUGAGAAUGAUUUGAUGCUGAGGAAGAUUUUCAUAUCAUCAGCAAAAAUAGGAGCUUAGCAUGAUGAAGUACAGAAGUGGCUGAGUGAAUAAGGCAAACAGAAGUGGAGAUAGAACAGCACCUUGUAGUAAACCUAAGAAAGUCAUUAAAUAAUUGGAAGAGGUAAAGAGAAUAACAUGGGAAAAAUUGGAAAAUAGGUACAAUAUUAAACAAAUAUUAUUAAAGAAAAUAUAUAAUGCAUAUGUAAUUAUUUUAUUAUAAUAUGACAGAUAUAUAUUGUUGAUGAAGUAACACUAUCAUCUGAACUCUGCUCAUAAUCGUUUUUCGUUUGCAAUGAUUAAUCGUUGCUUAAAUUUCCCCUCUUUCUUCCUAACUUCUCACCUACAAUAGUGGCCCACUUACAUGUGAAGUGUGUGUCUUUUUUUUUUUUUUUUUGUAAUUGUUAAAUAUUUUCAUUAUAAAAACGCAAAAUGUAUAUUAUCACAUUAUGUCCAGGGAUGGAUUGGGCCAUUGGACAAUCAAUAAGUGUAUAUUAAAAACUGAAUAAUAACUAUAGUAGAUAAUCAUAAUAUCAACAUAUGUAAACUCUAAACAAUAAAAUGUAUAAAUCACAAUAAUUUUAAAAAAAAAACGUUUUUCUGAAAUUCUGAAACUCCCUCAUGUCUGCAACAUAUGCCCUCGAAAUCUUUAUUCAUAAUUUUGAUUAUUUACUAUAUUGUCUCCAUUCAAACUAUUUUCUAUCUUUGUCUAGUUUGCAAUUUCCAAGACAUUAAUCUUCCAGGAUUAUAUUGUCUUUUAUCUUGGAACAAGGAUUCAUAUAUUUGCACAAUUAUGCCAGGACCUUCUAUUUUGAAAUUCAACUACUGUUAUGUCUUGACAUAAAGUGUACCAGUUGACUACAGUUGGUUUUCAUCUCUUUGUAUAUACCUUGGCGAGCAUUACCUUUAUUUGAAAUACCCAAUACCAAACAAGUUCUAAAAUAUCGCACAAACAUAUAAACCACUAUUACAUUUCCUAUUUUUAUCUUUAAAUAUAAAAUAGAUGUUUUUUUUGCGUAUUGAGUGCAAUGUAUGCACCCUUUUUUAGUAUCGUAAAAACAUGGGUUUCAAAGUGUUUCUUUCUGAAACUUAUUUCCUACUAUUAUUAAGAACUUCUUUAAUUCACCAUCACCAAUAUUGUUUGGUUUUUAAUUUUAGUACCUACAUGUUUGUUCAUUAGGUAAUAAAUCACCUAACCUAACCGUGCACACAUUUCUUCAUACUUAGUUUGUACUAGGUUAAUUCAGAGGUUAAUUUUUAGUAGAUAGGUACCGUGGUUAUCUACUCCAACCUAUCUAUAAUGAGUAAAGUUUUUAAUAUAUUUGUUCAUAUAAUAUUAUACUGGCUUGCCAAAUCCUACUGUAUUUAUCAUUAAUUAUUAUCUUUAUAUUUUGAAAUAGGAGUAUAUACUAUUAAAAAAAUAGAUAGGUACAAAAAUGUAUUCUAUGUACCUCAUAGAAUACAUUUUUGUAUAACAGACUACUAUUAUGUAACAACUCAUUCAAAUUUAAUUUUAAUUAUGACAUUAAAUAUUGUAAUAAUAUUAUAAUACAUAAUAUUGUUCAUUUCAUAGUUUAACUAGUUUAUUUUUUAAAAUUUGGGUCCUAAAUAAUUUGGAUUUGAUGGUCCCAACAUAGGUCUGUUGUUAAAUACCACAUAAUUUAUGAAUAUUAUAUUUUUCAGAUAUGUGCCAACCAGGUUAUGGGGAUUUAGUGGUCAUGUUCAAACUAUUUUGUAUAGUGUAUUUGGUAGAGUGAGAUGUCCAUGUCCCAAAGGUGAUAGACGGUUCUUAAUGCUUGAAGAUGGAACUACACUUACAUAUGAUUUGUUUAAACCGACAUACAUUGAACCAGGACUAGGUUUGUAUUAUUGUAUACAUUUAAAGUUGAUUAAUUAACUUCUUUAAAAUAAUGUAUUUAAUUAGGUACCUAAUAAUAAUUAUUAUAGAUGUAUAAAUUGUUUUGUUAAUUAUUUUUAGAAGACAUUACUGUAGUUAUAGUUCCUGGAAUUUGUAACUCUUCAGAAAGUGAUUAUAUCCGAACAUUUGUAAAUUAUACUCAAAAUCAAGGCUAUCGAUGUGCAGUUCUAAAUCAUGUUGGCGCUUUGCAUAAUGUACCCGUUACUGCUUCUAGAAUAUUCACAUAUGGUAAACUAUAUUUACUGAACUAUUUAUUUUUAAUGUGUACAAAAAUGUAUUAGCUAAUUUGUUUCUGAACUAUUCCAACUUCAUUAAGGUUUUUUUACUAAAGUUUAUUGAAAUUAUGUCUACGUCUACCUAAUUAAACAUUGUUUUAUAAUAAUUUCUAAUAAUUAUACUUUAUAUGUAUAAUUUAUUUAUUUUUAAAUGUAAGCUAAGAUAUAUUAAUAUAACUUAACUUUUUAAUGCCUCAUAAAAAUAAUGCAAAUAUUAAACUACAUUUUAACUUUUUCUAGUAUUUAUCAUAAAAUAUAUUUGAUAUACAUAAUUGACUACUACAAAAAAAAAAAAAAAUAUUUAAUAUAACCCAAAUAUAAAUAUAUAAUAAAAUAUAAGCCUAACCUAAAUUAAAAUUAUGAUUGCUUCUAAAUUUUAUUAUAAUCAACCAGGCACCUAAAAUGCUGGAAAAUAAUUUCUACUCCAAUAUUCCUUAUUAUUAUAAGAAUUUUCGUGGCUGCUUAUUAUUGCAGAUUAUCAUCAUCAGGUAAAAAAAAUUUUCUGAUUACAUGUUUUAGAAAAAAUAAUUUACAGCAAAUUAUUUUUCAAAUAAAAUAUGGCCCAUCAUAAUGAAAAUUUAAGAGGUAAUCACAGUAAAAUUUACCAUCUCUGUUUUUCUUAGACAAUAUAGCAAAAGUGUGUUUGUUAUGAAUCUAAAAGAGCCGAUACUUGGGACAGUUGCAGCCACUAUUGUAGGUAAAUAGUUAGGAAGGUGGAAUACAGUUUAUAAUUUAAACCUGUAACAAAGGAUAAACCAUAGCAAACAAAAAAAAGAUUAACCCAUCAUUAAAAAUUGUAUUAGAAUAUUUAUCAAAUAAAAAAUUAUGAAAUUAAAAUAUUUCACUGUGUUUAGAUAAAACAAAUGUAAGUUAUGUGUCCAAAUUACAAGUCCAUAAAGUCCAUAUAAAUAUUAUCUAAAUUUCAACAAAAAAUUUAAAAUUGUAUAAAUAACUCAGAAUAGGCUCAAAUGUUUUGAAAAUUUUACCACAUCUAGGAAAGACAAGCAUAAGUUUUUGUUUAAAUUUUAAAUCUCUAUAGACAUUUUUAACUGAAUAACAAUAAAAAAAUAAAAUUAAAAAUUAAAAAACUUUUUUUUUUUAAAUUUUCAUUAUUGUCUAUUGUUCAAAUAAAUAUGUAUUUUACCCAUAUUUUGAUACUAUUACAUGAACAUUAUGAUUUAUAAUAAAGUAUAAUAUAUCAUCUACAGAAUUGUACAUUAUUACAUUUUAGACAUACAUGUUAUCGAGUUUAUCAAGUUAUUAUAGAUAAUCGUUUGUUAUUCUGUGAUAUUUUAAUUCAUUUCUCAGUUGACUUACAACAACAACUGAGCCAUAGGGGAAAUGAUCCAAACCCGUGUUUUGCUCCUUCUAGAAUUUGUAUUGGCAAUUAUUAUACUCUGGGACAUAUAACUUUUUCUAAUUUUAAUGGAAGAGUCUUAAUUGAUAAGCUACCUAUAGUAGCUUCUGUCAAUGGUGAUGAACAACUGCUAGAUGUCCUAGGUGAACAAGCUAACACAGUAUACCAAACAAUUUUAUUUUAGUUAUUUUUAAUUCUGAGUGAUAUUUGAAAUACGAAAACACAUUUUUGUUAUGUUGCCUAAUUAGAUAGAUAUUAAACAGAGAUGACAAAUAACAUUGUCCACAUAAAAGGACAUGUGCAAAUACAAUAAACAGCAAAUUUGUGUUUAGAGGGAAACAUCCUGUACUGUUAUUAUUAAUAUUCAGAUGAUUGACUUAUAAACCUAAGAUAUAAGUUUUUAUAAGAUAUAAAAUAAUUUUUAAAUAAUGAUAUUUUACAUACUCAAAUUGUCUUGCUUAAGAAUUAAAAUAUUUAAAAAAAAAUAAAUAGGUUUUGCAUAGACAAUGUUCUUAUCUUGAAGUUUAGUAUUGGGAUAAUUUUCCCAACUGAACUCAAUUUGCUAUGGCAUAGUCAUAAGAUGCAGUACUUGUGGGUAUGAUAUCCUCAUAUGUUUAAAUUGAUAAGAGCCCUAACAAAAUAUUGAAUUAAAGUUUUUAUUACAAUUUUUAUUUGUAUUUGUUUUUUCUUACCAUAGAAAAUGGUAAAUGUUACUUAAGACAGUAAUUUUAUGUUUAAAUCUAAAUUUAUUAUAAUAAAGCAUCAAUUUGUAAUGGUAAAUUUGUAAAGCUGUAUAUAUAUAUAUAUAUAUAUACAUUAUUUGUGUAUAUAUAUAUUUAUAUGUAUAUGUAUAAUUGUUGCUUAAAAAAACAAAUCUUCCUGGUAAUACUGAAGUGUAGGACAAUUUAUUCCAUAAACAUUUUGUUUUAAUUUUAUAGUCAAUGUACAAAAAAAAAAAAAAGAAGACAUAUUGUGCACCUUGGAUAGGCCACUAUUUUGGUGGGCUACGUGGAGCAAGUCAGUAUUUUAUUAUUAUUUUACAUCUGAAAAUAAUCAUAAAUCAUUUACCUUCUAAAUAGAGCUCAAAGUUGAAAUUUUUUUUAUUUGUAUAUAUUUAUUUAUUUUUUCAAUGUUUUUAUUACAGGGUAUAGGUUUAAACAUAAAAAAAAUAUAUAUAUGUUUAUUUAUUUCUGCAUAAAGUAACUGGAUGAGCAUUUAUACUGCCUUGUUUUUCAAAAAUAAAAAAAUUUUACACUUUUUUGUUUUAUUAUUAUUAGAAAAAAAUAUAUAAAACAAUUUGGUAAUUUAACUAGAUAUUUACAACAUCGAGGAGGGAAACCUUCUAAUUUAGGAGAAAAAAUGGAAACCUAUAAUAGAUUUUUCCUUAUGCUCAGUGUCAAAUUUAAUUUAUAAACAUUACAAAAAUUCAGUUUUCUACUUAGUUAAACUUAAUAAAAAAACUCUGUCAGUAACUUUACAUUUAAAAACAUAUUAUAUUUUGUCUUAGCUACUAUAAUUUAUUUAAUAUCUAUUAUUCAUUUUUAAUUUAUUAAAAUUUAUUAUUAUAUAAUUUUUUUUUACUGUUGUAGUUAAUUUACAAAUUGCCUAAUAAAUGCUAUACUAUAAUUUUAAAUUAUUCUUUUUGAAGAAAUGGGCAUGGCUUUUAAAGAUUAUUGUGUACUAUGUUUAAAAUAAUUUUACAAAUUUCAAGUAAUUUAAUUAUUAUUAAUUCACAGGCCACACAGAUGAUCUUCAUGUAAUGCUUUGCAAUUUAUCAGAACAUAAUCCAAAUAAUAAAAUUAUAAUAAUUGGAUAUAGCAUGGGUGGUAACUUAGUUACUAAAUACCUUGGAGAACCACGUCAAAAUCGACCAAAUAGUAUUAUUGCUGGAAUAUCCAUAUGUCAACCAUAUGAUGCUUUAAAGUAUGUAUCAUUUACUAAUAAUCCAAUCUAUUUUUAUUGAGGAUUAUGUUUAAUAAUAAUUUAAUCUCAACUAGGAAAAUUUUGAUAAUUUCAAUUUGAGAUAUUUUACUAAUGCACUAAAAAAUGUAUUCAAAUUUACUUAAACACAUAUAUUUUCAAUUUGAAUGAUUGAAAUAAAAAGCAACUUUUGGUUUGUUGAAUAUUUUUUUUUCUUUUUUUUCACUGAAAAUUAGAUGGAAAACAAACAUUUCUAAAAUUUAUUAUAUAUGAUAAAAUUAAUUAUGUGGUUUUUUUUAGGGCCACUGGUGUUUUAUUACAUUGGCAAAAUUUCCGGCGACUUUAUUUGUAUGCAUUAACAGAGGCAAUCAAAGCUUUAAUUUUGAAACAUAGAAGUAAACUUUUGGCGGAAGAUAUUAAAGAACAAUAUUCUUUAAAUGAAAAAGAUAUUAUAUCUGCUGCUACAUUACCUGAACUGGAUGACGCUUAUACUAGGUUAAAUAUUUUAUUACUAUUAAAUGCAUUCAUAUUAUUUGUAUUAAUAGUUGCAUACUAUGUUUAUAUGAUGGCCUAAAACCUGUUUGAAAUUAAUUGAUUAAACCUAAUUAAUUGAAUAGGUAUCCAUUCAAAUAAUAUGUUUAUGGUCCACAUAUAUUUAGCAUUUUGUGAAUUGAUUUAAUGUAUACCUAUAUAAUUUUUUUUAUCUUAUUAAAAUUGAAUCAAAUAUUCUUUAUUAUUUAACUCUAGAGUAAGUAUUUGAUGGAAUUUUAAAAAAAAAGAAAUCCAUCCAGUCAUGACUUUUAAAAUGAUUUAUAAUAAUAAUCGGUCAAUAAUACACCUUAUUAAUAAAAUGAUUUCAUAAAGAAGUUUCUAUGUUAAUUUGAUAAACCAUAUUUUAAAAUAGUUUUUAUUUAUUUGUAUUUAUUUAUUUUUGAAAUCAUUUUGAUGGUAACAUACUUUUUUAAAGAGUUUACAUGUUAACAAUAGGUUGUAGUUUCAAAUCAAGUUAAUUUCAAACUGUUUUAACUCCAUCAUAUAGAAGUACAAAAUGUGGCAAUUAAUUAAUGAGAAUUUGUCAUUUUAUAUUUUUAUACAGCAUAUCCCAGAAAAGAAUAGCUCCCUCUGCGGGUGUUACUCUGUACGUGGCUAUAAGAACAGUUUCAGGGAUUUUAUUUUAGUAUUAAAACAUUGGUUUUACCAAUUUUAUUUAUAAACUAUUCAUACAUAAUAAGAGGACAAUUGAUUUUUUCCAAAAAUAAUCAUUACCAUAAUUUUGGUGUGACACAUGGAUUUGUGUAUAAAUUUGACAGAGAUUUCAAUACAAGCAAUUAUAUUUUAUCUUAAUACUAAUUUAAUCAUCAGAUUUCUUUAGAUAAAUAAAAUUAAUUAGAUUAUAAAAAAUACAUUAAUAAAUACCCAAAUUCAGUUGUUUUUAUUGAAUUUUAUUAUUAGCUAUAAACAAAUUAUUUGAGUAACUGUUCUAUAUGACUUCUGAAAACUUUAUUAUAUUUAAGAAGUCAUUGAUGGAAUAAUCUCCAAAUUAUUUAUAAUCAAGAAGUAAGUAGGAAGCAGCUUAAUAAUUCAAUAACUAAUGUAACCGAAAAAAUAAUGCAAAUUCCAGAACUUUUCAUAAAUGUUAUAUUAAUAAAGUCCAAUAAAACAAACUGAAUUUGAGUAUUUAUUAUUUUUUUUAUAUUCAAAAUAAUCUUAUUUUUCUGUUAUGUCUUUUAAAUGAGUACAUACAAAUUAAUUUAUCUCAUAGAAAUCAUUGAUAAGUAUGUAUAAAAAUUCAUAUGUCAUACCAAAAUUACGAUUUUAGACAUUAUAAGACAAAAAUAACAGUAAUAAUGGUUAUUUUUGGAAAAUAUUGAGUGACCCCUUAAUAAUGUAAGAGAAUUUUUCAAAAAAUUCACUGGUGUGGUUUAUUUUUAUUUUGUAUUCAUGUUUUACAAAUAAAACCCAAAAAACUAAAGUUUUGACAUUUGAAAAAAAUUCCAAAAAACAUUCUUUUAUUCAUAUAUAGAGUAACACUCCAUAGAGUUGGUUAUUCUUUUCUGAACAUCCUGUAUAACUUAAGCACCCAUAACCUCAAAAUACUAUUCUUAUGUCUGAUGAUGCACUUAUUCGGGAGCACUUAAAAAACUGAAAGUAUUUCAGCCAAACAGGAAAUUUAUUUUAUCUUAACUGUAUUUAAGUCAAUACAUAGCCCAGAAUAUUUAGCUGACAUAUAUUCUAUCCAAACGGUAUUAGAGUUGAUAGUAUUUUAGGCAACAUUUAGAUAACUACUUUGUGUAACUGAACUUUGCUUCGAAUCAUUUUUUGUUAUCAAUGAUUUAUCCUUGGUGACAUGUAUAAAUUAAAUAACCUUAUGUAUCCCACUACUGGCCUGCAACAAUGGCAGCUCCCAUGCCCAGUAUCAGCUUUUUAUUUUUUAUUUGCCAGUGUCAUGAAGUUAAUAGAGAGCAACAAAUUUUUAUCAUGUUUCUUAGCAAUGGAUGAUACAAAUAGACUGCUAAAGAAGAUACACUCUUUGAAUAUCUCCAGAAAUAAUAAAGAUAAUCUAUUAUUUUUUUUAAAAAAAAUUUUUUAAAUUAACCUAUUAUUUUUGGAAAAAUUUUAGAUGGCCAUUUUGUAAAAUUUAUUUUUCUGAAAAUUUUAAUCUAUCUCACAUUUAUAUCUGAUGAAUAAUUUCUAAGUAAUAUUUGUUUCAAAUUCUACUAAUCCAAUAAAUAAAUAAAAUAGAAUUUGAUUAUUUUUAUUAUCUCCAGAGAUAUUCAAGGGGUAUAUCUUCCUGGGACAGUCUAUACACAAGUAAAUGUUGUAAAAUAGGUUAAUUUUGUUAUAUUUAUACAUAAAAACCAAUUUAAGAGUGUAUUUGUCUAUUAUUAAACCUAAAGAUAAGAACAUUGUCUAUGUUAGUAUAUUAGUUUAUUUUAAAAAUUUUAAAUAUCGAAAAAACCAUCAUAUAAACAAACAAUAUUCUUAUCUUUAAGUUUGAUAACAGGCCAAUAUAUUAUAAUAUUAAAAUUAACAGCACAAAAUAGGUUAAUAUAUUAAUAUAACAACAUUAACUGAUUUUAAAACAUUUACUGUAACAUGUAUAAUAUUUAUACAUAUACAAUAUUGCAAAAUACAAUUGACAGGUAGACCAUUAACCACAACCACAAUACCCAAUUUCAAAAGAGAAAAUGUUUCUUAACCUGAUGGGUUAAGUAAUCUUUUUUGAAACGGUAUAGGUAUUAAUUGAAGUUUGAGUUUGUUGGUGCAUACAAAUUGUGAUUGUAGUUUUCUAGAUUUAAACACUAAAGCAAAAGACAAUGGUUGGAUUCUCUAUCAUGAAAAUUCACCUGAUCACACAGCAAUUUCAAUAAAACAGUUUAACUAAAAUAAAUAUCAAAAAUGCUCUCCCACUUCUUGUACAGCCAUAAUCAGGCUUCAUUGAACUUAUGACUAUUUCUAAAGUUGAUGGAACAGAUAAAGGGACCUAAUUUAAUCUUUUGAUAGUUUGAAAGACAUUCAACAGGUGAUGAUGGCGGAAUUGAAUAAGCCACUUAAGCCUUAACAUGGAUUCUAUUCGUAUUGUGGGUAAAGUAGGAAAGGAUUACAUAAGGUUAUUUAAUUUAUACCUGUAACCAAGGAUAAACCAUUGACAAUAAAAACCGAUUUGGAGCGAAGUUUGGUUAUACAUUUUUUGAAAGACCAAAUUAUUAUAUUUACAAUUUUUAUUAGUUUGAUUUUAACUCUUAUAAAAAAAAAAAAAAAAUACUACAUUGAAUUUUUUUUUUGAUUACCAAGUACAACUUUAUUGAACCUGUCAAAUUUUCUAGUAUUUCUGUUAAGUUUAACAAUUCAUCUACAAAGUACCUAACAAAUAAAAAAAAAAAUUACUAACUUGUAAAAUUAAAAUGGUUAAAUAUUAUGUACAUUUUUAAACAAAAGUUUAGAACAUUUAAAUAUAAGUUUUUUGUUAACAUUUCAAGUCUCUAAGAAUAUUUGAACCUGAAUUGGAACGUUAAAGCAAAAUUAAAAAUAAUAAAAGAAUUAUUUUCUUACAUUUUAUUGUACUUUCUGCAUUUCUUUUUGAUUGUGCUCAAUUAUUAAUAAAAUUACAGAGAAAAUCAAAAAAAGAAUAACUUGGUUAUAAACUAGAUCAAAAAUGCAACAAAAAAGGUUUCUUUGUCAUUUAUAUAUUAAAGUAAUAUUUAUGAUGAAAAAAUAAACUGUACAAAUUUAAAAUAAUGAAAUCGAUAUGUCGUAAUUUGAAAAAAAAUUGUAUACUUAGUUAAUUUUUAUUUUACAUUUCUUUACUUUACUGGACAUAGAAAAACGACUUUUUUUUGUCAGUGGCUAUGUGUUAAAAGAAACAAAAUCCAUAACAGACCAUUUGCAGACCAAAUUGCUAGUAUACCUUUAAUUUUAUUUUGAUUUUUUCCCAAUUGUUUCAAAAACUUCUUAGCAAAAUCAAAAAAAUGACCUCCCCUAUAAACCAACUAGAGAAAAUUACCUUUCAGAAAAAGCGCUAUAAUCUAUAAUUUGGAAGAUAUUUUCUGUUAGAAAAGUUGUUCACAAACAGAAAAAUAAAAAUAAAAAACAGUAAAACCAAUAGAUCCUUCCAUACACUCGAAAUCCAAAAUACACACAGCAUGAAAUAUGAAAUAUAAAUCUAAUUAGGAACUUAUACAACUUUUGUAAAAACUUUUUUACUUUGUGAUAAAGCUAUCACAAAGACACCAAUGACACCAAAAUUAAAAGUAUGAAAAUACAGUUUUUGUUAUUUAAUUUCCACUUCAUUGUAAUAGCCAGUAAUUACACUUUUAAUGACAAAUAUAAUUUUACAGGAAAGUCAAUAAUUUUAAAAAUCUCCACGAAUUUUAUCAAUGGUCAAGUUGUUUAUAUUACAUCAACAAUGUAAAAACACCUAUGAUUUUUAUAAACUCUAGAGAUGAUCCCUUGGUGCCAGAAGACUUAUUAAUACCUAUUCAAAAUUUUGCAAGUAAGAUUACAUUAUUUUUGAUUCAUCUAUUUUAUUUAUAAUUUGUAUACAUUGAACAAUUAUGUGUUAAUGUUCGAUGGACUGCAUCCAAAUUGGGUCAAGAGGGGUGGACUAGUGAUUUAUUCUGAUAGUACACUAGUGAAGUUCCAAUUACUUGGGUUGUAUAACUGAACAGAUUUAUGGACACAUCUUUAUUCUGUCAAUAUCAUUAAAUUUAAUAAUCAUUUUUCAAAUGAAUAUUGGUUGACAUCGAUCAUAAAGUAUUUGUUUGCCUUUUCACUUAAAAAAAACUAUUUCCAUUUCUUCUACAAUGGCUGAAAAUAAUACACUUGUCAAACAAGUUUCAAAUAAGUUGGAAUAUAUGUAAUCACUUGGAAUAUACUCAGGUACAAUAUUGAUGGUAAUAUAAAAUGAUUUAUUCAUUUUAGAAAUUUAAGAAAUAAUGAAUAUUGUAAUAUAAUAGGUUUUGAUAUCUUUAUUUUUGUAUCUUUUUCUACUCAUAAAUGUAUAAACUAUUUUAUUAUUUUUAUAAUUGGUUACAAAAAUAUUAUGUUUUAUGAUUUAUUAACUUCUAAACCUAUAUAAUUAUCAGUUAUAUCCAAAUAGUGUAUAUUUACAUAAAUCCAACUAAUUAAGAUUUUUUACUGUGGGUAUAAACUCCACUGAUUAAAUCACAUGUAUACAGAAUAUGUAUGUAGAUAAUUAGAAGUUUCUGAUAAGCAACAUUAUUAUAAUAUAGUUUGCAUUUUAUUUUAAUUAUAACUAUGGUUAGGUUACUAGGCAGCUAAGGUAGAACAUAAUUUUUUUUUAAUUUGAUUGAAAAUUAGUGGUUAAUGAAAAUUCUAUAUUAAUUAUAACAUGUAAUUAUAUCAUAUAAAUCAUAAAAAUCUGAUUUUAUAAAUUACCAAAAAGAAAAAAAUACCUAGUUCCGAAAAAAAAGAUAAUUGACAUCCUACUAUACAUAUUUAUUACAUCUGUUACAAAUUAGAUUUAAAGAAAAAUUAAUAUUUUUAUAUAAUCUUACUAAUAAUAAUUUCGACUGCAUUGAUAUUUGAAUGAAAUUCAUUUUUAAAGUUGACAGGGAAUUAAUAAUAGAAUGAAAUAUACAUUCAAUACAUUCAUUCAUGUACAAAAUAAAAAUAAAAGGAUUAUUAUUUAUCCUCCUGCUAAUAUUUUUAAUGUCCAUGAGAAAUGACUUGAAGUUUGGUAUUUUUAAUUUAAAAAAUCUGGAGCAAUUUCAAUUAAGUUUAAAACCAAUUAAAUUUUAAUACCUAUUUCAUAUUAUUAUAUUAUUAUUGUUUAUUACCAUUAUUAUUAGUUAUUAUCUUUAUGUGUUAAUUUAUACAUUUGUGAAACCAAACACUAUUAUACCUAUAAAAUUGUUAUACCUAUUUAUGUUAAAUAAAAUGGUGUUUUAUCUCUGUAAAUAAAAAAUAUUGUAGUAAAAAAUGGGGUAAUAUUUAUUAUGGUUGUAAUAAAUUUAUUUAAAUAAAUAAAUUGAACAAUUAAUAUUUUAUAAUACAUAGUAUUAUAAUUAUUAGCCUAUUUAUUUAUUAUUUAUGUUUUAGAAUCAAAAGAUAAUAUCUUGUACAUGGAACUGAUGCAUGGUGGCCAUCUUGGAUUCUUUGAAGGUGGAUUUAUGUAUCCAAAUCCAAUAGCAUGGUUGGACCGUACUCUUGUAUCCUUAUUACCUGGACUCAAUGAACAUUGUGUCAACAAUGUAAAAAGAACUGCAGUUUUUUAAAUUUUGAACAUCUUUUAAAUAAUACACUGACACAAACACACACACAUACAUACACACACACACACACACAUAUAUACUAUAUUGAAUCUGUGCUUAAAUCAUGCAUCAUUAUGAUUGAUUGCAUUACUAUUCUCAUAUACCUGAUCUAUUGUGUAAGAGGUUAGUGAAACAUAGCAAACAGUUUUUUAGAACUGUUUUAAAAAAAAAAAAAAACAUUUAUUUUUUAAUAUCAAUUAGAAAAAUCAGUACAAAUAACCUUAAAUUAAUUAUGUAACAAUCAAAUUACAUACCCACUAUCAAACCCGUUUAUGUAUUUAAUAAAUUUAUUUAUCAAUUUUCAAUUAUUUUUUCUUUUAAUAGUGUUAAUAAUGAGUAUUAUAAAUGGUUUCUAAUGAAAAGUAUUUUCAGCCAAAAUAUGUUCAUUUUAAUCAAUUUUAAAUGAUAUAUCAAAUUAUAAUAUACAUAUUUAAUAUUUUGGUAAAUAUCUGUUAAUUGAUUAAACAAUAAGGAAUUUAGUUUUUCUUCACCUCAAAGUCUUUUAUUAUUUAAAAUCUAUAAUAGGUACAAAAUGUACCUAUUUGAACUUAAUAAUAUUACUAUACUUACACACCCUUAAACGAUUAUUUUAUAAUACCAGUAUAAAAUUUAUUCCCAUAAAGAUUUUGAAUUACAUCAUAAGUAUAUGAAUAUUUUUUUAAUAAAAAAAAACAUCAAGUAAAUAAUAACAUUUAAAAAAUAUAUGAAAUAAUUCUAUUAUUUUUAAUAAAAGAUUAUAUUAUUUUUAUUAUAAAACUGCAAUGUUUUAUUUGCAAUUUUUUUAUUUUUUUUUUUAUAUAAUUAAAAAUACCAUUAUAUUACAAUAUAAUUAUUUUAAAUUGAUUCUAUUUGACUGAUUUCUGUACGAAUAUAAGAUAGGACUGUAUUUUUUUAAGCUUUUUACUUGAAUGAUGUAAAGUAUUAUGGCUCUUAAAUUAUUCAAUUACUGUUUUAGAUUUACUAUUAAAAUUAAUAGUAUAAAAAUAUUUUGUUUAUCAAAUUAUAAUUGUAUAAAAUAAUUGAUUAACUAUUAUUUUCUCAGACAUUUCAUUUGUACAUUUUGUUUAUUUUUCAUGAGUUUUAUUAUUAUGUUUUUAUUUUUAUUUUUUUAAUUAAUUUUUCCUGUUCAAAAGAUUAUUGUAAUACAUUGUUUUUUUUUUUUUUUUUUAAUUAUUAUUUUAAUGAUAGUAAUUUUAUCAUAAAUCAUUAAUGACAUGAAUUAAUGACUGAAACAUUGUUUUUACAUUUUUUAUUAAUUUGAAUUUACUGUGUACUUCCUAGUUGAGAAUGAAAAAUUGUUUUAAAUUUUAAUUUGUUCCUCCUCUCUGCUAUACACAAAUUUUCACUUCAAUUCAACUAAAUAUUUGUAUGACAUUAAUUCAUUUUUUAGAUCCCAUAAAACAGAAUGUUACAGUUUUAAGAACUUAUUUUUUUCAAAUUAGAAAUUAAGCAACAGCAUUCUCUUUUGUUUUAUCUAUAAACACUAAAUAUGUUGCAUUCCAACUGGGUUAUAUGGUGUCUCAUAAAAAAGUUCCUUGUUAUUCGUUUUGUUUAUGUAAUUCUAUUUAUCAUUCAAAUACAAUAUCACUACUUGUACAACUUAUUUACAUCAUCAUUAAUUUUCAAUGUGUUUUGUCAUUUUAAUACAUCCUGUCUUUUUUACUUUCUGUUCGAAAAAAGCAUCUAGUUAAUACAAUUCCGAAUUAAGAUUUAUCUCUGGAUAACAGAUUUCUGUUUUUUUUUUUUUUAUUAUUAUUAUUAUUUUUUUUAAGUUUAUGAUUUAAUAUAAUAUUUAAUACUUAAUUAUAGUCCUAUAAAUAAAAUUAAUGUAUGAAGAGCACAAUUUUAAUGUUACUAAUCAUGAUGUUAAUAAGCCCUUUUUGUUGCCUUAGUUUUUUUUUUUUUUAUAAACAGAUGAUUGAUUAAUUAUUAUUAUUAUUUUCAAAUAUUGUACCAGGAGUAUCAACCGUGUUCAAUCGAAAAACAUUUAUACGACUGUAAUAUUAUUAAGUUAUACAUAAUAAUAGCUUUAUUAUAUAGCUACAUAAUAUAAAAUAUAAUUUAUUUUGUAAUAUUAUUUAUUUAUAACAGAGCAUUUAUAUAAUUUUAUAAGAUUAAUAUUAAAAACUUGCAAAAUAUGACAAUAUGCAAAAUAUCUAAUGUAUGUUCAUUGUAUAUACAAUGUCUAGAAAAUUGUAAAAUUUGUAUUUAUUUAUAACGAACACAAUCAUUCUAGACAUCUGUAUGUAUGUGCAGUAUAAAUGUAAAACACAUUUUAACAAAUUGUUAUAUUAUCUAAUAUCACCAUGUACUUAUAUGAAAAUGCUUAAAUUUGUUUUUUUUUUUUUUUUUUUAACUGAAUCAUUUUAACUAAAAAUUGUUUAAAAAUAAAAGGAAUAUAUUCAUAUAAGGUUUUAGUUUACUUCCUCACUAAUAUUAAGAUCGUUUUAAUAUUGUCAUACACCUGUCAGAAAAAAAAUAGAAUAUUAAUAUAAACUUAAGAUAUUUAAUUACAUUUUAAAUCAAGGUUAUGAAAUGUCUAGUUCUAUAAAAUGGACUUAUAUCUCAUAAAGGAAAGAUCCCUACAUACCCUGCGUUAUGGUUUUUUU